AAGCAAAGAAUAAAAAAGGCUACUAAAUAAAUGAAAGGAAGAAGGAAAGAGAAGGAAACAUAUGCAAAGCUCUCUAACCCCACAUCUCUAUAAAAAUUCUUUGAGAAAAUGGACUCAAAGUUUCUUCAACCUCAUCUGGGAAAGCAAACAGGACUUUGAAAGCUUUAUCAAAGGCCUUGUAAGGAUGCAUAAACAAGGAAAUAUGACAAAGUGAAAGAAAGUGAAGGGAGAAAAGAACUUGUAUUUUUUUUUUCUUAUAUGCUUCUUUUCUGAAGGCAGGAAUUUGGAGCGUGUGUGUGUUUUUGCAGAGAACUUGCGCCCAUCAGUACUGCCAAGCUAAUGAUGGCUGGAAACCCUAGCCGGUGGAGCGUGCAUCCACCAUCUCAACAGCCUUCUUCUUUGUUAUCUUCAUCUCCUUCUCCAUCUCUCUUCCCUUCCCAAUACGUGCUCGGAUCUUCUUCUUCACAUCCUUUUAAUUCUUUGACUGAUAACCAAGAGCUUCCUCAGUCAUGGAGCCAACUACUUUUGGGGGGUUUGUCAGGAGAAGAAGAUAGGUUUGGUCUAAGUCACUUUCAACCUAAAAAGUUGGAAAAUUGGGAAGACCCAAUCUUGAAUCCUUACUCAAGGGUUCCUGUAGUUGCUGAUGUAAAGCAAGAAAUUCCUCAAAAUAGCAAUUUGUACGGUCAUGGAGAUGAAGAAUUUCAGCAGCUCAGGCCUACUACUUGGCCACAAGUAAUGCCAGUCUCGUCUCCUAGGUCUUGUAUUACAACUCUCAGUAGUAAUAUACUGGACUUCUCUUAUAACAAGCCAUGUGUGAGGAGUCAACAUCCAGAUCAAUCAUCUGAGUGCAAUAGUACAGCCACUGGUGGACUGAGCAAGAAGCCUAGGGUUCAGCCGUAUCCGACCCAACCACCUCUAAAGGUGAGGAAGGAGAAGUUGGGUGAUAGAAUCACAGCACUCCACCAGCUAGUUUCCCCAUUUGGAAAGACUGACACAGCUUCUGUCUUGUUAGAAGCUAUUGGAUAUAUCAGAUUCCUGCAGGGUCAAAUUGAGGCCCUUAGCUCCCCUUACUUGGGCAAUUCAUCAUCAAACGUUAGGAACCAACAAUCUGUUCAAGGAGAAAAAAAUUCCAUGUUUCCUGAAGACCCAGGUCAGGAUAGCCAUGAAAUGCCAAAGGACUUGAGGAGCAGAGGUCUGUGCUUGGUUCCUGUGUCUUGUACUCAGCAUGUCGGAAGCGAUAAUGGUGCUGAUUAUUGGGCUCCAGCGAUCGGCGGGGGGUUCUGAAGCUAGCUGUGGCAUUUUGAUGAGUUUGAAGCUUUUAGAUUGAAUGAUAUAACAUCAUGAGCAGUCACUCUGCAACAAUCUAAGGCUGAUUGCUCAUGAUGCUAUGCAUUCUAACUAAAGAUUGAAAAUUGCCCAAAUUAUUAUCAUCCUUCAUUGUACCCUCUAACUUUGAUUAAGAUAAUGAUCUUGUUGUAUCUGUUGAUGUUUCCUUAAUUUCUCCGCAUGUCUUAUAGAGCUUCAUGUGUGUGUGAAGCUUUUUGAUUGAUUAGUAGUUUUGUUAAUUGCGAGAUGCUUAUCCAGCAGGAGUAUCAUUCUUUCUUGUCCUAUUAUCAAAAGGAAAGAGUGUAUAUCUCCAUCUUCCUCUCAA